CAUUGCUGGUUGCACGGCCAGCUCACAGCUCACAGCCAAAGAACCCGUCUUCCCCUCUUACACUGAUCCAAGCUUUAAGGCUGAACUUUUCCCUGGAAAACUCAGACAUUGCUCCAGAGGACCUCAUUGCGCAAGUCUAAAGGUAACUACGAAUCCAUUAACCAGAGGAGAGGUGUGACCACCAGGAGGAACAGGAUUUACCCGACUCAUCAGCACAUCUACAGCGUUUUCAUCUCUGUGGAGGCCUGCUUGUGAACAGCAGCUCUGCAGAUUCCAGCCACAAAUAUGACUCAAAGCAAUGGCGAGAACCCACAGAGGAGCCGCAGUGGUCUCCACCAGAUCCGAGCUGGGAUCCAAUCAAGAUCGCAGCUCGCCAAAAAGAAAGUGGAGAACAUCAAGAAGGACGAAGUGAAGGGGUUCUUCAUGAGAAAUGCUUUUGUCAUUCUAACCAUCACUGCUGUUAUUACAGGUAUAAUCCUGGGAUUUUCCCUGCGUCCAUACAAACUGUCUUACCGUGAAGUGAAGUACUUGUCUUUCCCUGGUGAGCUGCUGAUGAGAAUGCUCCAGAUGCUGGUGCUGCCAUUGCUGGUUUCAAGUCUUAUCACAGGCAUUGCCUCUCUGGACAGACGGGCUUCUGGAAGAAUGGGUUUGAGGGCAGUGAUCUACUACACUACCACAACUGUAAUUGCUGUGUUCAUCGGUAUAGUCAUGGUGCUGAUUAUUCACCCUGGGAAAGGAUCCAAGGACGAGUUCACCAAGCAGCAGCAGAUAGAGCAGGUCAGCCCUGCUGAUGCCUUUCUGGAUCUUAUCAGGAAUAUGUUUCCUCCUAACCUUGUGGAAGCUUGCACCAAACAGUUCAAGACGCAUUAUGCCAAGAGAGUAAUCCACGUGACUGUUACAGUGAACGACACGAUAUUCCUCCAAAAUGGUACCCAACAAAUAGCCCGAGAAGAGAUGAUUCCAGUACCGGGAUCAGUGAAUGGAAUUAAUGCCCUGGGCCUGGUGGUGUUCUCCUUGUGCUUUGGACUGAUCAUCGGGAACAUGAGGGAACAGGGACAACCCCUGAAAGACUUCUUUGACUGCCUUAAUGAGGCCAUCAUGAGGCUGGUGGCCAUAAUAAUGUGGUAUGCCCCUGUUGGUAUUUUGUUCCUCAUUGCUGGAAAAAUCAUGGAGAUGGAUGACAUUUCAACCAUGGGUGGCCAGUUAGGAAUGUACACAGUAACAGUUAUUUGUGGUCUGCUUAUCCACGCCAUCAUUGUCCUCCCAACGCUCUACUUCAUCAUCACCAGAAAGAAUCCCUUUGUAUUCAUUGCUGGGCUGCUGCAAGCACUUGUCACAGCCCUCGGAACCUCUUCUAGUUCUGCCACAUUACCCAUCACUUUUAAAUGUCUGGAGGAAAACAACAAGGUGGACAAGCGUGUGACCCGUUUUGUUCUUCCCGUUGGAGCCACAAUAAACAUGGAUGGAACUGCUUUAUAUGAGGCCCUGGCAGCCAUCUUUAUCGCACAGGUCAAUGAUUAUGACCUUAACUUUGGACAGAUUCUCACCAUCAGCAUCACAGCCACAGCAGCUAGCAUCGGAGCAGCUGGAAUACCUCAGGCAGGCCUGGUAACCAUGAUCAUAGUACUAACAUCUGUAGGCCUUCCCACUGAUGACAUCUCACUGAUAAUAGCCGUUGACUGGUUCCUUGAUCGAUUGCGUACCACCACCAACGUCCUUGGUGACUCCAUUGGAGCUGGCAUAGUCGAACAUUUGUCUCGCCAUGAGUUGAGAAACAAGGACCUGGAGUUGGGCAACAAGAUAGUAGAGCAGCCAGAUAAAAAGCCAUACAUUCUCAUUUCCCAGGAGAGCGAAUAUGAGAAUGAGAUGCCCACUCCGGAUGAGACCAAGAUGUAGUGUUGAAACUUCUACCCUUUCCUUUAAAAAAAAAAAUCACAGCGUCAUACUGCACAAUAUUCUCUGUUAAGCCCUCUUGGAUUUUUUAAUAUCCAUCUCACGAGAAUGGGGAAUGCAAUUAUAUAUACUUGCUAGAACAUAUUUCAGGGCAAAUAGGAUUCACUGAUGUGUGAGGCAACUCACACCCCGCAAGCUGGAAACAAUUUAUGGUCAUGUUGGUUUUUCUGAUGAAUUGGACAACGAUCCAUCCAUAGAUACAUAAUAGACACGGGAUGGCGACUGUUUACAGUCUGUUUACUGCAUUACAGGACCAAGCUGUCUGUGACCUUUACUCAAUAUUUCAAUUUUCUCUAUUGUAAUGACCAAUAUCAUUCACUAGAGGGAGGUAUUUCUGUAAUUUUGAACACUUCAGCAGAACAGCUCAUAAGACUACAGUAUAAGUGUACAGAGUAAUGAUUUCUUUGAGAUCUAUUUUUUUUUUUUUUUUUGCUGUCAUUUUUGAUUUAUAUGAAACCUUUAGGUGUAGCUAUUGUAGAACUGUAGACAAAUAAAAUGUGUCAGAUAUCAUGCACAUAGUAUGGUUUACCAAACUCUGUUGGAAAAGGGGCUUCUUCAAACAUAUGUGCAGACACUUGUCGCUUUCACUGUGUUGUACAGAUUUCAGUUUGAUUAGGGGAUGAUGUAUUGUACCUUUAGGCAUACGUUCUUUUGGGUCUUCAUUAACCAAAGCAGUAAGUAAGGACUAUACGUAAGUACUAUUUUUAGUACACAUAACUGGGAUAACGUUUCGUCAAAUACCCUCUGACUGUGUUUUUGUUACACAGCUUCCUCAACCAAUGGUUGUAGUCAGCUGUACAAUAAAGUGCUCAGCCUUUUUUAUUCCAUGCCCAUUUAUUUACUCGGCUGGAUAUAUGGUGGAUUAUCAAUCCAAGAUGAAAAGCCAUUCAUUUUCAACCAAGAAUAAAACUGAUUUUUUUUUUACACGUUUCAAUUUAGUUUUAUCCAAAUAUGUAAAAACCCAAAGAUUACACAGAUAUUUAGUAAAAAACAUGCUUAAAGCUUUUAUUUUGCAACAAAGUAGAAACAUGAAAUCCUAGGCAUUGAACAGAUGAAAACAUUGCCUUCAUUGUAUGUGAUUUACUUCGUUAUUAUAUGUUUUUUAUUGUAUUUUUUUAAUUACCGUCUUGUUUAUCUUGAGAAUGAAUGUAAUGCUUACAACAGAGCAGGCUUGAAACAUAAAUGAAUGCAUCUAUCACUACAGAUUUGCAUGGGUUGGAAUAGUUGGCAGAAAAUACAAUCUUUCAUUUUGUGGCAUACCUAUAUUCUCGUUUAUGUUUAUCAACAUAAUCUGAUUCUCAUUUAUUUUGAUUUAAUAACACGUCCUUUUAAGCACAUUCAUUUUCAGCAGCAUUUUUAACUUGUUUGACUUCUGUUUUUUAUUAACUCAUCAAAUAUAGCAGAUAUUUUGUAUAGAAGAUUAAUCUAAAUACAGUGUACUUGUAUAAAGACAUAGAUAAAUGUGUAUAAGAAUUUUAGAUUCAAAUUGGAAUGUAAAUACUUUCUUGCGGGUUGUAUAAAUAGAGAUGAUGUAACUAAAUUGUUCUUUAACCUUGUGACCAGUCUAACAAUCCCCUUUUUUACAUUGCACACUACGGAAAUGUGUUUACAGUUGCUGGUGCCACACCUGGUGCAAGUGCUUCAUCUCAUGAAUUUACAGGCGAACAUGUUUGAUUGGAUAACUGUAGUUUUGACUUGCAUGAAAUGUUUUUAUUAAAAAAAUAAAUGAGUAAAAUGUU